AUGGAAAUUUUACGAAGCGACUUCAAAGCAGUUCAACGACUCGAAGUGGCUGCUCGAUUUGGCCAGCUUUGUUUAAUAUGCUACGAUAUAUCUAUUUAUUCACAUUUGGUAAUUUCUCUAAACAGAUUCACUUCCGUCUUUAUGCCGACGCACUACAAGGGUAUUUUCACUGAACGGUUCACAACAGGUCUCAUUGCGGUGUCUUGCCAAAUGGGCUUCUCAAUUCAACAAUGGAUGUUGGAUUAUGUAACACCACCGUGCAACUUGAUUCACGUUUAUUACGCAGAAUUCCUCCGUGGUCUAAUAGUGAUAACCAUUUUUGCCAUCGUUAAUUGUUGCACUUUUGUCAGAAUGAUUUUAUACCAUAGAAAAAAGGUAAACAACGCCUUUGAGGCCACUCAGCAGUCGAAAAGACGUUGCGUGGAGAAAACGUUCGUCCAACAGGUGACGCUACAAGGAGCUUUAUAUGUGGCUGAACUUGUGACAUAUUUUUACGUCGCCACUUUUUUUCCUGUCGACCAUGAACACGUCACCGGUGGUCGUAAUAGAUGGCCGAAUUUCUUAUUGACCACUUAUGCAUGGAUAUUAGUACACACUUUGGAUGGGUGA